AUGGAAGUCAGACAUGACUGGCUCUCCUCAUCCCCCCAUGAGGGCUUCGAGCAGAUGAGGCUGAAGAGCAGACCCAGGGAGCCUUCCCCAAGCCUCACCAGAGUAGGUGCGAACUUCUACAGCACUGUCAAGCAGCAGGACUACAGUGCCAGUGUCUGGCUGAGGAGGAAAGACAAACUGGAGCAUUCCCAGCAAAGAUGCAUUGUGAUCUUUGCACUGGUAUGCUGCUUUGCAAUUCUGGUUGCACUGAUAUUUUCGGCAGUGGAUAUUAUGGGAGAAGAUGAGGAUGGACUCUCAGAAAAGAACUGUCAAAAUAACUGUCGGGUUGCUCUUGUGGAAAAUAUUCCUGAAGGGAUCAACUACUCAGACAGUGCACCAUCCCAUUUGUCUCUUUUCCAAGGCUGGAUGAAUUUGCUUAAUAUGGCUGAAAAGUCUGUUGACAUAGUAUCUUCCCAGUGGGACCUCAAUCACAGUCAUCCAUCAGCAUGCCAGGGUCAGCGUCUUUUUGAAAAAUUGCUUGAACUGGCAUCCCGAAAUGUUGAGAUAAAACUAGUGAGUGAUAUACUGCCCGUGGAAUCAAAGGUAUUAAACGACUUGAAAACAAAGGGUGCUGAAGUGUUGUAUAUGAACAUGUCAGCAUAUAACGAAGGUCGGCUUCAGUCAUCUUUCUGGAUUGUUGAUAAACAGCAUGUGUACAUUGGAAGUGCCAGCCUAGACUGGAGAUCAUUGGGACAGAUGAAGGAACUUGGCGUCAUUGUAUACAACUGUAGCUGCCUCGUCCUGGAUUUACAAAGGAUAUUUGCCCUGUAUAGCUCAUUAAGAUACAAGAAUAAAAUACCUCCGAGUUGGUCUAAGAGACUAUAUGGAGUAUACGAUACUCAGAAUAAACUGACACUGCAGCUGAAUGAGACAAAAUCAGAAGCUUUUGUGUCGAAUUCACCUAAACUCUUCUGCCCAAAGGACAGAGUCUUGGAUAUUGAAGCUAUAUACAGUGUUAUUGAUGAUGCAAAACAGUUUGUAUACAUAGCUGUCAUGGACUACUUGCCAAUCGUCAUUGACACCAAUGCUAAACGGUAUUGGCCAUAUUUAGAUGGGAAGAUAAGAGAAGCAUUAGUUUUGCGAAGUAUUAAAGUACGACUUCUCAUAAGUUUCUCAAGAAACACAGAUCCCCUUACUUUUAACUUUGUUUCGUCUCUGAAAGCUAUUUGCACUGAAGUUCCAAGCUGUAGUUUGAAAGUUAAAUUCUUUGACCUUGAGGAAGAGAGUGCGUGCUUUCUUAAAGAACAGAAGAACAGUUCCCUUCCCAAACUGAAUCGUAACAAAUAUAUGGUGACUGAUGGAGCUGCAUACAUUGGUAAUUUUGAUUGGGUAGGAAAUGCCUUUACGCAGAAUGCUGGAGCUGGCCUUGUUAUCAACCAAGCAGACGCGGGGAACAGCACAAGCAUCAUUAAGCAACUCAAGGCUGUUUUUGAAAGGGACUGGUAUUCACAUUAUGCCAAAAGUUUACAACCAACCAAAAUCCCAAACUGCUUUAAUCACAAACUCAAUAAAACAACGUCAAAUAAGACUGCCAUGAGCAAUGUGAAUUAGAAAGACUAUUUUAUUGUUUAGUAUGGCAAUGAAGAAUUAUGUUCGGGUGUAGCCCUCUUUCAUAUUUACAGACAAAAGACUUAAAGAAAAAGCAAAAAAAAAGUUUGGUUUGGGGGGGUGUUUUUAGGAAAAAGCACACUUAUAUAAAAACUGUCUAAACUAUAUUCUCUAUAUUGAAUUAUUUAAGACUUUCAAACUUGUUACUUCUGACACUGAAUGUCAUUUUUGCUUCCAUUUUUAUUUUCAUGUUCCACAUCUGACUUUAAAGGCAUGUCUCAAUUUUUCUCUUUCAGUUGUAGGACUUUCCCUAAUUGCCAUCCUGGCUAGAACAAACCUUGGGGCAAAACCAAGAUUCAAGCUAUGAAACGGCAUUCUGAGAUCAAUUAUUGACAUACAAGUAGAUGGUAGGUUUACUCUAUUAGAAAACAUAAAGGAAUAAACAAACUUUAACCCAUAUAAAUAAUUUCCUUUAAAUAAAUACUUAGUCAUGCAAGUACUUUCUAGAUUUGAACAUUUAGGUUGGAGUAUCACUCCUCCAUGUCUUCUAACUAGCCUUAAAAUACAUUAGAGUUACAUGACUGGCAAUUCAUUCAUCUCCUAAAAGUAUGAGAAGGUUUUGAGAGAUUUGGGUUGGCCUCAUCAAAUUCAUCAUAAUCCCUAAAGUCUUUCAGAUAAAUAGACGUGUAAUCAAAGUAGUGUGAAUUCCUUUCAGUAUGGUAGUUAGUUCCAAUUAUAUGUGUUUCAUCUAACAAUUAAAAUCUCUAGAUUAAUAGCAAAGACCUAGGACUGAUUUUUUUUUUUUUGUAAUCUCAAAAAUAUUUCUUCCUCAAGUUAAAUAUUUAUUAAAUGCGAGUCAGCAGUUGCACAAUGACUCAUUAUCAAACGGUUGCAUAUAUAAAAAUAAAAUAUUGCUUUUUAGAAAGGUAAAGGGUUAUGCAAAAUCAUGCAAUAGUUGUUGUGAUUUUACACCUGGAAGUGUUUUCUUUCCUAACUUUUUCUUUAAAAAAAAUAGCAUGAAAUGGCUUUUUAUGUUAAAAAGUUAUCCAUAUAGGUGGGUAAAUCAGCACAAAAUGGGAUGCCUUCAUUUAGGCCGUAGUUUCAGUUGAUGCUAAUAGUGUGCCUCUACAAACACAACUCAGUUGCACCAAGAAGCAACUGUUCUGUAAAUGUGUGAAUUUGUUCUUUAAAAAAACCAAAACAAAUUUUUUGCAA